AUGGAUCUCUUCUCACUGACGGGUAAAACUGCCUUGGUAACCGGUGGAACGCGCGGCAUUGGCCAGGCGAUGGCCCUAGCCCUAGCUGAAGCCGGCGCCGAUGUGGUUCUGGUACAGAGAGAUACCAGCAACCAGAACACCAAAGAGCAAAUCAACAAGCUGGGACAAAAGGCCACCAUCUACACGGCCGACCUAGCAUCGCAAGAAUCCGUGUCGGCACUGGUGUCAACGAUCGUCAAGGACGGCCACGACAUCAACAUUCUUCUAAAUUGUGCCGGAAUUCAGCGACGACACCCAAGCCAUGUGUUCCCGCAAGAAGAUUGGGACGAAGUCCUCCAAGUGAACUUAACCACCGUCUUCACGCUCUGCCGCGAUGUCGGUGCCUACAUGCUCACCCGCACGCCCAACAAUUCUGGACAACGCGGGAGCAUCAUCAAUGUAGCCUCGCUUGUCUCGUUCCAAGGUGGGCUGACGGUGCCCGCCUAUGCAGCGGCCAAGGGUGGCGUGGCACAGCUCACCAAAGCAUUCUCGAACGAGUGGGCAUCCAAGGGCAUUAAUGUCAACGCCAUUGCCCCAGGUUACGUCGCAACGGACAUGAAUACAGCCCUGAUACAGGACAAGGAACGUGCAGCCAGCAUCCUGGCUCGCAUCCCCGCCGCGCGAUGGGGCAAUCCGGACGAUUUCAAAGGUCCAGUGGUCUACCUGGCUAGCCGAGCCAGCGCCUACGUGAGUGGCGAGAUUCACACGGUUGACGGAGGCUGGAUGGGGCGGUAG